AUGUCAGGCGGAACAGGAGAUUCGGCUGAUACGAAGGAGGAGCGGAAAAGCAUGAAAAAGGAGGAAGUUGGACUGGAUGAAGAUGAGAGUAAGGCAGUUGGAGCGGUUAAGGAGGACGAAUCGCAGCGAAAUAGGCUAGUUGAGGAUGCCGCAAGCGAGGACGAGGACGAGGAAGGCGGCGGGCGGCACGGGAACUACGAUUCGUCGGAGGAGGACGAGGAUGAGGAAGAUGAGGAAGCAAUAAGAAAGGUGAGAGAAGGAUUUAUCGUUUCAGAUGAUGAGGCGGAGGAAGAGGGAGAGGACGAAAGCGGCAAGGAGAAGGAGCACAAGAGGAAGCACGGGAGCGGAAGUGAGGAGGAGUUGGACGAGGAUGACUUGGAGUUGCUUCGGGAAAAUGCAGGUGAGCCGGUUAGCGGAAGAAGUAAGUUCAAGAGGCUCAAAAGAGGAGGAGACGAAGAAGGCGAGGAAAAGGGCAAGUCGAAGGGGUUGACGGAGAUGUUUUCGGACGAGGAGAAUGAGGGGGGCGAGAAUGAGGAGGAGGACGACCUCAUGGAAGCCUCUCGAAGAAGACGGCAGCAGAGAGAGGGCAUGCCGGGAGAAUUUGACGAUUUUAUCGAGGAUGACGAGAUGUCGGAGGACGACGAUGAUCGGGACGAGAGGUUGGCACGGAUGCGUUCUGCGCGGGCGAAGAACCAGUUUUCUGCGCAGUCACGUGUUGACCAGGACAAGAUGGACGAGUUGUUUGAGAUAUUUGGCGAUGGUGAGGAUUAUGCUUGGGCGUUGGAGGCUGAGGGGGAAAAGGGAGGAGAAGAAGGUGAAGGUGAGGGAGAAGGUGAGGAUAAGGAUGAAGAUCAUGAUCAAGAUAAAGAUGAUGAUAAAGAUAAAAGUGAUGAUAAAGAUCAUGAUCAUGAUCAAAAUAAUGUUAAAGACAACUCCAUCUCCAACAAACUCAAAGACGUGUUCGAACUCGGAGAAUUGAAAAAGCAUCUCCUCACAGACGAAGACGAGGCCAUCCGUACAACAGACGUCCCGGAGAGAUUCCAACUUCUAAGAAAAGGAAUCGACAAGUACGAGCUUUCGGACGAGGAGUUCGUCGAGGAGCAGCAGUGGAUUGCGAAAAAACUGUUUGACGAGAAAUCCGAUGCAUUUGACAACGCCAAAGACAUCUGGGACCCCUUCAAGGACAGCGUUUUUCACGUUGUGGAGUUCGUUUGCAGGGACAACCUCGAGGUGCCCGUCAUCUGGAGCUGCCGUAAAGACUAUACCUUGCACACAUACCAGGAAGACGGCCAGUUGCGUGUGCAGAAGUUGCUAAAUGAGAACGAUCUUUGGCGAAUUGUGCAGUUGGACAUUGAGUAUCACGGCAUACUUGAGAAGCGCCGGGGUCUGCAGCGGCUUUUCGACUCUUUGCAUGUCGUGGAUAUCCUGUUUGACCGGCUGGUCAAGGGUGCCGCCAGUAUUCCAGCGUUGCAGGACUUGCAUGAUUACGUAAGCUUCACAUACAGCCGCGAGAUGCGCGGCAACGAGGCCGGCGCCGGCCGGCGCCUCCACUCGCGCUUUGCGCCUUUCGAGCGCAUCCGCGCCGACCCGAUCUACCGGGUGGUGGAGGCGCUGGGCAUGAGCGCCGAGCAUCUUGGGGAGAAUGUGAGUUCUGAUGCGCGGAUCUAUGUGACGGAGGACCCUGCGCAGCCGCCGGAGGAGAUGGUGCGGGACGUUUUGCGUGAAGGUGAGGGCGAGGACGAUGGCGCAGAUGCACACACUUCUGGCGCUGAAGCGCAUCCUGUCGGCGCCAACGCGCACACCCCUGACGCAGAUGCAAUCCGCACCGCCAUCGACGCCGUCGUUCACAUGUACUCGGAGGAGUUGGCGCACAGCCCAGAGCUCCGGGCGCACCUGCGCACAGCGUACCGCCGCUACGCGACCGUGGACAUUGUGCUCACGGCCAAAGGCCGCGACGAAAUCGGCGCCAAGUCGCCGUAUGCGGAUUUCAAGUAUGCGGUUAACCGCGCCAUGGAGUCGUUCGCGUAUGCGCCGGACCUGUUCCCGCGCAUGCUGGAGGCGGAGGCGCGCGGACUUUGCCGCGUGGAACUCGGUUUAAAGGCGGCAUACAAGGGAUUCGUUGACCAUCUGUUCACGUUUCUGUCGUCGGAUGGCACGUCGGACGUGAGCGCAGCGUGGAAUGCGCUUCGGCGCCGGUGCCUGGACGUUGCGCUGGGCAAAAUGCUGCCCGUGGUGGCUGCGGGCGUGAAAGAUGAGCUGCGCCGGCGCAGCGAGACGCGGCUGUUCUUCCGGGUGCGCGACGGGCUACUCGCGAAGGUGGACCAGGCGCCGUUUGCGCCGCAAGGCCGCCGCAAGGGUGCAGUGCCGCGGGUGCUUGCGCUAUCGAACGGUGACGGGCGCAGGGAUGCGGCGGUACUUGCAGCUGCGCUCGACCGCGACGGCGCCGUCCUCGACUGUGUCAAGUUUGAGGAGAACUUCCGCGACUCCGAAUUCGAGCGCAAGCUCGUCGAUCUCGUCGGGCGGCUGCACCCCGACGUCAUUGCCGUUUCCGGCUACACGCCGGACGUGUCGCAGUUGUACAAGCACGUGGAGGAGUUGGCGAAGCGCAAUGCGCUGGGCGCCGGCGCGCAGGACGGCGAGGAGUUCGUGGCGCUACCGGUGAUCUACGCGCCGAACGAGACGGCGCUCGUGUUCGAGCACUCUGCGCGCGCACGGCGCGAGUUCGGCGACAAGCCGGCGGUGGCGAAGUUCUGCAUCGGGUUGGCGCGGUACGUGCAGGACCCACUAGUGGAGUACAUUGCGCUCGGGGAUGCGAUCAGCUCGGUUGCGGUGGAUGCGCACCAACGCCAGCUUUCGAGCGCGAAGUUCCACGAGGCCGUGGAGAGCAUUUUCGUGGACAUGGUGUGUCUUGUCGGGGUGCGGUUGAACGAUGCUGCGCGUGCGGCGGAGGGGGAGGCACGCAAGCUGCGCUACGUGGCCGGCUUUGGCAGGCGCAAGGCUGCGGGCGUGCUGCGCGCAGUGGCGGCGCAAGGUGGUGAGAUUGCGCGGCGCGACGAGUUGAUCCUCAAGCGGCUCGUGGCCAAAACAGUGUUCAUGAACUGCGCUGCUUUCAUCAACUUGCCUGCGCCCGACCGCUUCGACGGCGACGUCGAGCUCUUGGACGCCACGCGUAUCCACCCGGAGGACUAUGAGUUGGCGCGCAAGAUGGCCAGCGAUGCGCUCGACUUGACCGAUGAGGACCGCGCCGAAAUCGAGCAUGAGGAGGGUGAGGGCGCCGGCAAGUUGGACGACCUCCUGUUGGAGGGCUAUGCGGAACAGUUGGAGCGUCACGGCCACCGCAAGCGCGCCACCUUGGAAAUGAUCAAGGAAGAGUUGCAGAACAACUUCGAGGAGCUCCGCCAGCCGUUCCGGGUGCCUGCGCCCGAGCAAGUGUUUGCAAUGCUCACUGGAGAGACGCCGCGCAGCUUCCGCGUGGGGCUGCUGGUGCCGGCUGUGGUGCAGCGCGUGGAUCCGCGCUACCUUUCGGUUGUAACGCAGUCCGGGGUGCGCGGCACCAUUGCGCGCUCCGCUGUUUUGCCGUACAACGACCCUGGCAGCUUGCCUGCGCGGUUUGUGCCGGGCCAGCCGGUGCGCGCCGUCGUCAAGGCGAUCGACUACGCGGACUUCCGCGCGGACCUGUCGUUGCUGCGCGAGGACCUUGAGGGUGCUGAGCGCGCGGACCCGGUGCCGAAGUUCAAGGGUCUCUGGGACUUUGCGGCUGAGGAGCGCGACGGCGCUGCGCAGGUGCGCGAUUCCCGCAUGGCGCCCGCAGGGCGUGUGGGCGCAUUGGGCGCCUCCGGCCCCGCCGGUGCUGCUUCCUCGCAGCUCUUCAAGCACCCAUUCUUCCGCAACCUAUCUGCACCACAGGCCGUCCGCUACUUGGCCUCCCGCGACAACGGCGCCUUCGUCAUCAGACCCUCCUCAAAGGGCCCAGAUCACCUCGCAGUCACGUGGAAAAUCGCAAACCAGCUUUUCCAGCACUUUGACGUCCAUAUAGUCGGCCAACCGACGUCGGUUCGGCCCGGCACGAUGCUCGAGGUCGGCCGGUUCCGGUACCACGACCUCGACGAGCUCAUCGUGUCGCACAUCAACAAGCUGUACGCCAAUGUGGUGGCAAUAUCGCACCACGACAAGUUCCGGGACCAGCCGGCGGCAGAUGCCAAAGCCUGGCUUCUCCGGUACUCCAAGGCCAACAAGAACCGGUCCUGCUACUGCUUCUGCUUCAACCGCAAGGCCCCGGGCUGGUUCUUGCUUCUUUUCAAGCUCAACGACGAUUCUGACCGCACCUACACCUGGAACGUCAACGUUCUGCCCACCGGCUUCAUGCUCCACGGCAACGUCUACCCCGACAUGGUGCACUUGUGCAACGGCUUCAAGCGGCUUCUCCAGAACCAGUUGUCCGGGUCUCAGGGCUAUGGGUAUUGA